GAAUUGUUACUGAGGGACACAGAAUUGUUACUCAGGGACACAGAAUUGUUACUCAGGGACAGGCACAGAAUUGUUACUGAGGGACACAGAAUUGUUACUGAGGGACACAGAAUUGUUACUCAGGGACACAGAAUUGUUACUCAGGGACACAGAAUUGUUACUCAGGGACACAGAAUUGUUACUGAGGGACACAGAAUUGUUACUCAGGGGGACACAGAAUUGUUACUGAGGGACACAGAAUUGUUACUGAGGGACACAGAAUUGUUACUCAGGGACAGACACAGAAUUGUUACUGAGGGACACAGAAUUGUUACUGAGGGACACAGAAUUGUUACUCUCAGGGACACAUAAUCGUUGAAUUAAAGAGUAUGUCAGACAACAUGCAGAGGAGUGGCAGAGGAGGCAAUGUUUUAGGAGGAGCGAGCAGACGUGGCAGCAGAGGAAGGGGUCGAGGCAAC